AUGGCUGCCAACGAUAGCACCAACAAUGUUACAGGCACCAAUGCUGCUGCUGGGCCUGCUGCACCAGCUGCACCAGCUGUGCCAGCAGGAUCUUCCACUCGAUUCUAUAGCAAACAUGCUCAGAAUAAGGGACAGUAUGGACGCCGCUGGGACUCCUCUGAGAGGUCCUCUUCUGCUGGCGCUGACACUGGAAAAGACUACAAGCGUAAGAACCGCAAGUUCAAGCCUAAAAAGGAGAGAAAGGAUGGCACGCCAACCAAUACGCCCGUGUCUGAUGCCCCUGAUGGGCUCAAGGAUACCACUAACCGCCGUCCUCAGAGACGCAACAUGCCUGGGACUCGCAACCCAGGCAUGAGACGUCGAAACGAAGAAGGUGGACGCUCUGCAGCCCCAGGAGCCAACCGAGAUGAGCCAACAGUUGUCGAAGCCCCUGCAAACGACAAGACUCCUGCUGUCCCUGCACAGGAAGACAAUGCUGUCAAGGAACAGCCAGUUGGUACUGAGGAGCCCAAGGCUAUGACGCCGCCCAAAGAGGAGGAUGCCAAACCGGCCGAAGUUAACCAGGCAUCCGAUGCUCCUGUCCCCAAAGACGUUGAAGUGUCUCCCCCAAAAGACGCUGAGGAUACACCCAAGCCUGCUUCUGAGCCUGCAGAGGAAAAAGCAGAGGCAGUACCUCCUCUCAUCAAAUGGAGCCCCAUCUUCCCUCCAGGUGGUCCUAGACCAACUCCCGCCCUCAACGACGGAGCCUCCGGCGAGCAGCCUAAACGCACCAACUACGUCGACGCGAAUGGCAACUACCAUGCCCCCAAUGGAACGAUCAUGAGCGCUGAGCUUCUCAAGCUGUUCGCUACCGGAAAGAUCCGCAACUCGCUGGGCGAUAAGGUGUACUUCAUGCCGUCCUUCAUUGAGAACCACCCCCCAGAGGGCCAGCAGCCCUAUCCUCUUGCCGGUACUCCCUCGCGCAUCUUCUAUGAUCCUAGAGACUUCAAGAAGGCCUCGCAGUGA